AGUGUUGUAAAGUGAACAGCUUUUCCAAACAAGCGAACUUCUGAUAUAGUUUGAGAGUUGAGAGACGGUGAGUUGUUCGAUUAGUUUUCCAUGCUAAUAUUGCGUGGAGCUACAAAAUACAGAAUUGCGACACCCACAACAGAAUGAGCCGAAGAAGAGCUCACGAUGACGACGAUGGAUAUGAUCGGGUGUACAGGAAGCGCAGGCGGGUCUCCGAGAAUCAGGAGAUCGAGGACCGGCUCGAGUCCCUCAUCCUGCGUGUGGGAGAAAAAUCGACCUCGUCCCUCGAAAGUAACCUCGAGGGUUUGGCCUCGGUUCUCGAGGCCGACUUGGGCCUCUUCAGGAGCAAAAUCCUUCGGAUACUGACCGACUGCGCCAUCAAGAUGCCAGAAAAGUGUACGAUCUAUACAACUCUCGUUGGUCUCCUCAACGCCAAGAACUUCAAUUUUGGUGGGGAGUUUGUCGAUUACAUGGUCAAGAACUUCAAGGAUGCCCUCAAGGCUGGAAAAUGGGAGGUUGCUAGGUACUCGUUGAGAUUUCUGUCUGAUCUCGUCAACUGUCACGUACUCUCGUGCGGCUCGCUCAUGCAGUUGUUUGACACCAUGCUGGAAGCAGCCAACGAGGACAGCGUGCCACAGGUCAGACGGGACUGGUUUGUUUUUGCCGUGUUGUCGACGAUGCCGUGGGUCGGAAGAGAGCUUUAUGAAAAAAAGGAGCAGGAACUCGAUCAUCUCAUGGUUACCAUAGAGGUCUUUUUGAACAAGAGGCACAAGAAACAUCAGUCCGCGCUCAGGGUUUGGUCUAGCGACACGCCGCAUCCGCAGGAAGAGUAUUUGGACUGUCUCUGGGCCCAAGUGCGCAAACUAAGGCAGGAUAAUUGGGCUGAAAAACAUAUUCCCAGGCCUUACUUGGCCUUUGAUUCCAUUCUGUGUGAAGCAUUGCAGCACAACUUGCCCGUGCUUAUACCGGCGCCUCACUCUGAGGCUACUGUGUAUCCACUGCCUACCGUUGUUUUUCGCAUGUUUGAUUAUACAGAUUGUCCUGCUGAGGGACCACUUUUGCCAGGUAGUCACGCAAUCGAGAGAUACCUCAUUGAAGAACAUUUACGCCAAAUUAUCGAUAACUAUUGUUUUGAAAGAAAAGACUGUGCCACUCAACUUUUAAAUUUUCCUUACAAGAGCAAAAUUCCGCUAGAUUAUUGUAUUGUAGAAGUGAUGUUUGGUGAGCUGUUUAGACUGCCCACGCCAAAACACUUGGAAAUAUGUUAUGGAUCAAUUUUGAUUGAACUUUGCAAGCUACAACCAUCAUCAAUGCCUCAAGUUCUUGCUCAAGCCACAGAGAUAUUAUUCCGACGGAUAGAUAGUAUGUCAACUGCUGCCUUUGAUCGUUUUGUAUGGUGGUUCGCAUAUCACUUGAGUAACUUUCAAUUUAGAUGGUCUUGGGAAGAUUGGGACUCUUGUUUACUCCGUGAUGCUGAACAUCCACGGCCGAAGUUCAUUCGUGAAGUACUUUUGAAAUCAUUAAGACUAUCGUACCACCAAAGAAUAGUAGAUAUGAUGCCUGAAUCAUAUGCAGAAUUAUUACCUGCAUCAACAGAACCUAUUUAUAAAUACGCUGCAGAGGGUGCCAGUUCUCUUCCUGGAACAUCUGUAGCCCAUGAGCUGGUUGUAUCAAUCAGGCGCAAAUGUACUCCAGAAGAAGCUCUGAAUGUCUUGAAUGCCUUACCUGGGCCGGGUGAAAAUGAAGAAAACUGUUCCUUCAAUCCAUUGAAAAUUGACGUGUUUGUGCAAACUUUAUUAAAUCUGGGCUCAAAAAGUUUCAGCCACAGCUUUGCAGCAAUCGGAAAGUUUCAUUAUGUUUUUAAAGUUCUUGCUGAAACUGAAGAAGCUCAAAUCUGCAUCUUGCGAAAUAUGUAUGCUCUUUGGAAAAACCAUUAUCAAAUGAUGGUUGUAUUAACUGAUAAACUUUUAAAAACGGGAAUCAUUGAAUGCAGUGCUAUUGCUAACUGGAUUUUCUCCAAAGAAAUGACUUCUGAAUUCACAAAACUUUAUAUUUGGGAAAUUCUGCAUCUCACAAUCCGAAAAAAAAAUAAACACGUCAUCAAAUUGACUAAAGAAUUAACAGAGGCAAAAGAAAAAUUAAGACGGCUAGAAAAUAAAUCUGGUUCAUCUUCAGAUGACGAAGAAAAAAGUGAUCGGCCAUCAGAAGAAAUGGUAGAGAGAAUGGAAGAAAAACUAGAAGCAGCUCAAGCAGACCAAAAAAAUCUAUUUUUAAUCAUUUUCCAACGUUUUAUAAUGAUUCUUUCUGAACAUUUGGUGAAAUGUGAUGAUGGAAUUGACUACAACACACAUUGGUAUAAAUGGACGAUCGGAAGGCUUCAACAAGUUUUUCUCACACAUCAUGAACAAGUUCAAAAGUACUCCUCAACAUUAGAAACACUACUCUUUACACCUGACUUGGAUCAACAUAUUUUAGAUGUAUUUCAUCAAUUCGUUUCUCUUCGCACAUAAUUAUGUGCUCUUAAUUCCGUUGUAAUCUUCAUUUAAUUUUUUUUUCUCAUUUUAAUUAUGAUUUAUUUACUUUAAGAUUAGACGACUUUUGAAAAAAAACUUUAAUAACGAUAUUACACUGCAAAAUGAGUAAAAUUUAUUCAUUUGCUGUUUACGGAAAUUUUAAUAAAAUUAUACGUUGCAGAUUUUGAUGUAUAAAGGCAAAGUUCAAAAUCUGACAGAUUCAAAUUUACAACUGCGUCAGUGUAAAUUUUUGAUUCCCGAAUAUUAUCUAUUCUUGACUAAAACGUAGAGGAAUAAAAAGAAAAAAGAUUUCCUAUGUAGGUUUAAAUUUGUGCGAUAUAUAUUUAAGUUUUCAUGUGCAUAUGUAUAUUAUAUGUAUAUACCUUUUGCAUCAUCAUAAUUUCUGUCAGUGACGUACAAUAAAUACUCUGAUUUAAAUAUAAA